CUCCAACAACAGAAGAGCCAGGCUGUGUAACAACAGCUCGGCGGCGGACCACAAGUUGAUGUAUCUAGUACAACCUAUAACAAUGAUGUAGCUUGUGGCUUCAUUCCAUUCAACAGCACAAAUCUAAUUAACAUGACGAGGACCAACGAGCAGGACUACUACAUUAUGUUGAAGAGCAUGAAUAUGCCAAACAUGAAUUUUUGGUUUAUUUCUGACGGUCCUCUCUUGCUCCAUUCUCGAUACGAAGCGCAGUGGUUUGAAGCGGGUGGUGGGUAGCAUUGCCUUCAGCAAGUGAUGACAUCGGCGGGACACUACAGGAACCACUACGCAACAACACAGCUAGUACAAGCACUGCGACUAGUACGCAAGAAAGACCUACUCCCAGCUAGUUGUACAAGAACAGCGACUUCUUCUACACCUCCUAGACCACGAGGACAUUUUUCGAAGAAAGAGAGAUCGUAAGUAGACUUCUUUUACAAGAAACGAACCCCAGAGCCACUACUUCUAGCACAACAACAACCACGACAUCAUCAAGAUGUCAGCCACUCUAGCAGAGUCCCAGGUCCAUGUCUUCCGGAAGAAGCUUGGCAAACUGGCACCGUAUCAACCUAACAGCGAGAAUGCCGGUCAGGAGGUGCUCUUUCGAGAGUUCUUUGGGUCUGGGUUUUCUAGAACUCUGUCCCAGGUCAAGGACGCCCGGAAAGUCGAAUUCGCACAGGAAUUGGAGAGAAAUAUAGACAAGUUUGACCCAAUAACGCAACAGCCGUACUUGCAAUGCUUGUCGGUCUUUUUGCUCAAGGGAAGGGAUACGCCAGAAUGCAAUACCAAAGCGACGGAGUGCAUACAGAAGGUACAUUUUCUAACUGGUGUACUUAGUUACUGCAGCUAAAAGAAGUAGAUGAUUGGAUGUAGUUUUCAAGGAAUUUCAAAAGUCUUUUCUAAGUAGAAUGUUAUGAACUGGGGCCCCUGCCAGUGAAGGUGAAUCUGAAACCCCUGAAUAUUUUCCACCACCUCCUCGUCUCCUUCACCUAGGUUUUCGACCGAAUCCAGUUAGCCCGCGAUAUGACGGAUGAUAGCGAAAUGCUAAUCAUGUCCGAGCAGGUCGAACUAAAGGAUUGCCUUCCCGCGGACAGUCUUAGUGCCAAGGCGAUCAAAGAGGUUAGCGGCCAGGCCUUUCAGCAAGUUUGGAGUGUCCUGCCCCAGGGAGAGCGACGUUUUCUGACCGAAGUGAUACUGGAGAAGGUCUACGCUGUGGACAUCCAGCUGCAAAGGGAUUUAGUCCAGCGACUGGAGCCAGCGAAGAGCUUUGUGGAGAAAGAAGUCAACCUAGCCACCAGUCAACUCAACGACUGGCUAAAGCUAGCUCCAAAAUUUCCAGCGACGCCUUUAGUCCUAGGCGAGUUGUUCCACAUGUGCCUGAAGAGCAAGAACUGCCCACUCUACAAAGCGAUCAGCGACAAGACGAUCCGAGAGCGCUUUCUGAUCAGCAUAUCGUUGACGAUCAACAUAGUCCUGGCCAAUAAGACCUUGAGUUGGGCACCAGUCUGCAAUCCAAUUCUGAGAAAACAGGCAUACGACUUGCAGCUCAAAUAUUUCUACCACGGAGGAAAUAUUAUCAUGGGUACUUCUCUUCGUCUUUCUAAUGCUGUUUUGCGUCUUCCUAAUAAUGAUGUUAACUCUCUUCCUAAUGAUCUUCAUGUAUGAUGUUAACUCUCUUCCUAAUGCUCUUUAUUUGUUCUUCUGCUUUCAUAUUCAUCAUCAUCUGCAACUCGUACGUUGUCGUUCCUACUUCAAGCUAACCGUCUACUUGCUUGAAGCUGCUUCCUGUUUUUAGAAUUCUCUCACAAUCCUCACCUGCUCAUCUAACCCUUACCUUGUACACAUAUAUAAGUACAGUUCCUUGUUUCUAAAAUCCUCGUCAGCACAGUCCUCCUCACAUUAUCAUUCAGCCCUCAACCUACUUAUAAGCACAAAAAAUCCAGAUAAAUGGCUCGAGUCCCGUCUUCAAGCGUUUAAUAAGGAGUUGAACGACCAUUUGGUGGACAAGGUGGUGGUAGAAAAUACCUACGAGCCUCUCCUGCAGAUUUUAGGUCACCGAUGCUCUAGCUUGCCAGAACGACUAUCGGAUGAUGACGACUCUGAGGGCUGGCAACCCCUAGAGAUGCACCUUAGAGCGUUGGAGCUUACGGUCUUGGAAUUUGCGGAAAGAUAUUUGACGGUAAAGCCUUGAUGACAUUCACAUUUCGUUUUGGGAUUCUAACAAACUGCAUCUGCAUGAGCCAGCUAGGCUAGUGUCAUGUAGUAUCUGUUGUAGUGCUAAGUAGAAACUCGUCAAACUUCUGAAAUUUUGAAGAAACACGAAAAAAUAACAGGAUAAGUGGUUUUGUCCCCACCACGUGCUGACCAAGGAUGCAGUGCUUCGCGUUUUCAAGCACUAUAAGCUUUUAGAGGUGAAGGAGAUUGCAGCUGGUUCUUCGAAUUCUUCUUCUUCUUCUUCCUCCAAGAACUCGGAGCUAAUCCGUCGCGGCAAGCCAAACCAGCCUCCUCCACCAGUAUCCGGCGUCCCCGCUUAUCUGCUAGAAUUGCCGCCACCAAGGCCUUUGGGAGGUCAUCCAGGAGCUGCAGGCGGUUAUCCAUUUCCUCCAGGCCAUCCGAUGAUGUAUAACGGUGGGCCUGGAGGCGGUCCUGGUGGUCACCCAGGACAUCAUCCAGGUGGAGCGGGAAUGUAUCCUCCACCACCACAUCAUAUGGCGCACCAAAUAAAAGGUGGACAUCCGAAUCACAUGCAACAAGGAGGUCCUGGUGUUAAGGCUCAAUACAACAAUUCAUUUCCAAGGCGAGUCAACAUGUUCCUUAAAUAGUUUCUUUCUUAGGACGAUUGUUCUGAGAAAAUGAACCCAAGUUGUAGUCCAAGAAGUGAAGUGAAUUGCUUUGAGCUCUAAUACUGUUGGUGGGAAGCAAGGAGGUGUGAUAGGGAUGGGACCGCCUCCAGGGGUGCCAGGACAUCCAGGAGGACUGCCAGGAGGACUGCCAGGACAACAUCCGUCUCAACUACAUCCAGCUGGAGGACACCAUACAUCAACUAAUUUGCCCCCACAUCUGCUUGCCGCCACUUCAUCUCAGCACUUACCUCCUGGCGUGGUCAGCAAAGCACCUGCUAUGCAGCAGCAGAUCACAGUGAGAAGGUGGAAGACGAAAGAGGAGUUGAAGGACAUGCACUGUGAAAAUCUAGUCGAUUUGCUCGUCAAGGAAACCUUUUUGCCACAGCUAGAAGCCAUAGAUCCGAACACUGGGAAACCGCAGAUCCCAGAUUCCGCUUUAUCCUUGACCAAAGUCGAGUCCUGCGAAGAUACGUGGACCAUCUGUCAAAUCGAGGUCACCUUCAGAACCGAAAACGGCAAGCUCUUCGUGUACAAGUCUAACGCGGCAACUCGCAACGUUCCCGUAGAAACCUGGAUCGACAACGACCUAGCUAGUGCCUUAGUCGCAAAAGGGCUGAAGCCGCCUAAAAAAGGGCUGCAACUCGCGAUGGGAACUACGGGAAUUCGAACCAAAAUCAUCGCCGGACCGGGAGAAGAGGCGCCACCACUAGAAGCGCCCGACCCGGAGGCUCCUAACUACGACUACAAAAGCGGAAUGUACGAGAAAAAUGGCAUCGUCUUCAGUGUGAGCAGGUACAACCACUAUGUAUUUGUAUGAUAGAUGCUUUUACUUACUACUUUCAGGAAAGAUAUGGCGCUCAAAGCACUAAAUAAAACAACCGGUUAGUUUUACCUCUAGAGACUUAGCCCUUCCAACACAAUACUUUCAGGAAAGAUAUGAACAUGAAGAUGGAGAAUAACAUUCCACGUGGACGACAAGGCUUUAUAUUUUUUAGGGCUUGUAGUUCAAUAAAGUCUUCGAAAUGAAUGAUUAUGGAAUAAUUGAGCUCAUCAUCUAAGAUUCAGAUGCUUGAUUGUUAUCCUUUCCACUUGUUCCACAUCAUCCACUCUCUUACUCUUCAGGCCUGGCGAAGUACCACAGGCACAGGAGCGAUUUGGUUUGCCUAAAGCUCUAAAUGAGCCAGGUUUCAUCCCAGAAACAGAGCGACCUGAUAGAGGAGGUACGAAUUAGAAUUGCCUAGAUAUUAGAAGUAGAUCACUCACGCAGCUAUUAUAUUUAUAGAAAUGUAAACUGUAACUGAUUUGUAAACUGAAGAUUGUUCAUUUGCUCUGUCUUAUCCACCUUGCUUUCUAGGACUAGUUGUUUACCUUGACUAAAAGAUACUAGAAAAUUCAUCUAAAAACUAACCAAACCACCCAACAUCGACGUCGACCAACAUCAAUCAACAGCCGCUGUCCCAGACGCCGAUGCUAACGGCGCCAAUGCAGCUAUCGACGGCGCUGUUAGAGGACCCGUAGAGAGCAGUGAUUUGCAGCCUGUAACCGCUACCUCCAUCUUAGACCAGUUAGACACUACCGUAUUCACUGAGGCUAUGUGGGAAGACCAGAAGUUACUGGGAAAACUCGUCCACGAAAUUGUGAAAAUUAUGGCAUGAAUGAUACAGACUGUGUUUUUUUCGGCAUCAUCGAAGGAACUUGGAGCUGCUAGACUUCUAUAGCUCGAAGAGGUGCUAGUUGUAUUAAAGUAGACUAGAAGCUGCUAGAACGAAGAUUAGAUGAGCACAUCACUCCAGCAGAACGAAGUAUCUACUUGUUAUUAUUCCCUAUCCACCCACUGGCAGAACGAAGUAUCUACUUGUUAUUAUUCCCUAUCCACCCACUGGCAGAACGAAGUAUCUACUUGUUAUUAUUCCCUAUCCACCCACUGGCAGAACGAAGUAUCUACUUGUUAUUAUUCCCUAUGAUCCACCCACUGAAUCUGAAACUGAUUCUUCUAAUUGCAAGAAAAUAGCAGAUAGCGAGUGGCGUUCCUACUGCACGAAAUUCGGCUUCGUGACUGAGAGCCAGCAGGAAGCGAAGCGGCACACGGUGGACACGCUGAAGUUCUUCCUCCAGGACCAGAUCAAGGCCGAUUUGGUUUCAGGGGAGAAGGAUAUCGUCAAGAUCUGCACAGAUUUGUUGACCUCGUCCACAGGCGCGGGAGGAAAAGAGAAGCGAGGCGGGAGGAAGAAAGCAGGUGUGGAUGAUGUGGAAGGGAAGGAGAAACCAAGGAAAAGAAGAAAGAAGGAUGAUGACGACGGAGGGAAGAAAAGCGCGAAGACAUAGCUCCUGCGUCCUCGAGUUCCAGACUGUUACUAGGGGACCACUCGUAGGUUGAUAUACAUCUCCGCCACGACCGAGUUCCAGACACGCGGCUCUCCAUUAUUUCCAAAGCACAAGAACACUGACUCCACCUCUCAUACUCUUGAUUCACGCAGGAUCCUCAAAUACUUAUUAUGAAGUAGACGCAGAUCUACUAGUACAACUGGGGCUUUUUUAUCAUAUCUCCGUCGAAUUUUUCUAGAUCUAAGCUUAAUCAUGUCGAAUGAACAAUGUAGAGGUGAAACUUCCUCUACUUGUUUGACAUUUCCUCAAAUAGAACAAGUUGUGCCACAUCAGUGUCAUUCCUCACAGCAUACUCUGCCCACAGGAAAUAAGUCUCCUGUUGUUCAAACAAUA